GGAAAGAACGUAAAAACACCAAAGACACCAGUAAUGAAGGAAAGCGGCGAAGACACGAAAUUGGAUGAAAUUUACGACAUGAUUAAGUCAAUGAUGAUGAAAUUGGAAGCCUUAGACAAGAUUGAAGAACGCAUGAAAACCGUUGAGAAUAAUGUGAUGGAAGUUAAAAAAUCAAUCGAAUUUGCGCACGCAGAAAUCAUUGAUUUAAAAGAUGAAACUCGUGAAAAUAAGAAAUGGCUGAAUGAAGCCCAAGCAAGAAUAAACAAUCUCGAGGAGACGAACCGGAAACUUCGAGACAGUGUAAUUGAUCUCAAAGCCAGAUCUAUGCGGGAUAACUUAUUAUUCUUUAAUAUACCAGAGGAAGAAAAUGAGGACACUACACAGAUGAUACACAAAUUAUUGGAAGAAAAAUUAGAAAUUCAAGACGCGACUCAUAGCAUCAAGAUCGAUCGAUCGCAUAGACUUGGCAAGCAACACCCCAACCAACGCGGUAAGCCGAGACCUAUUGUCGCGAAACAAUUUCCCGAAGAUAUUGAAGAAACCAGAAGAAAGUUGUAUCCAGAAAUGAGGAAAGCAAAAUUAGCUAAGAAGAGAGUGCGCCUG